AUGGUAUCAGAGCAACGACGGGGCUCCUAUGUCGCCGCCGUCGCCGGUGGCGGAGAAUCCAGCCAAGGAGCUCAAACCGCGUCGCCUAUCAACCGAUCACCAGCACGAUCGUCUUCCACCACAGUUUCGCAGAGGAACCUACAUGCUCAGAAUCAAAGAAACUACAACACCGAAAAACUUGAAUAUCCUUUGUUUCUGAGUUCCAACGACAAUCCGAGUGCGGUCCUAGUCACUCCGCCUCUCUCAGGAAGCUCGAAUUACAGUUCAUGGUCAAAUUCCAUGCAAAUAGCCUUGGAGAUUAAGAAUAAAUGGGGCUUCAUUAACGGCAACAUUUCCACACCAGAUCUACCCAAAGGAGUAUGGGAGGAUCUGGAAAGGAGAUUUUCGCAGCAGGAUGCUCAGCGCAGUUCCGUCCUUCAGAAUGAUAUUAACAAUCUCAAGCAAGGCAGUCUCCCUGUGAACGAAUACUACACUAGAGCCCGAACCCUGUGGGAGGAGAUGAAUGCACUGAGGCUAAUUCCGAUAUGCAGAUGCGAGCCUCGCUGCUCAUGUGAAUUGACUGAUCAAAUAAGAAAGGAGCGUGACACAGAUCAGGUAAUCCGCUUCCUUCAAGGUUUAAAUGAAGAAUAUAAUAGCCUGAAAUCAAAUGUCCUUGUGCUUGAACCCUUACCGGAAGUUUACAAAGUCUUCGUAAUGGCUGAAAAGCAAGAAAGGCAAAACAGUUUGACAAAUAUGAAUCUAGGUAGCCUUGAUUUUAGUCAUGCUAAUGCUGUAAAUAUUCAAGGCAACCAGAUUAUCAAUGCUGAUGAGGCUGUGAGUAUUGCUGCCGUGAACACAUAUAAUGGAAGGCACAAUUAUAACAAUAAGGGAGCUAGAUGCACACACUGCGGAAUGACCGGGCAUACUGUAGACAAGUGUUAUAAGAAACACGGCUACCCUCCAGGAUGGGUAUCCGGAUACAAAUCCAAAGGAAAGAAGCAACUCACGGCAGGGACUAAUGUCAAUGACUUGGGAAUCUCUGAAGAACAACUACGAAAAAUCAUCUCAGUUCUCCAACCACAAUCUGGACAGACAUCUUCAUCUGCUCAUAACACCACUGAUGCUGUUUCAUUGGCUUCUAACUUCAGUCCUAUAAAUGAAGGCAAGUGCUCUAUAUCUCAUGUUAAUUCAAUCGCUAUGUGUUCAAAUACGUGGAUUCUUGAUUCAGGGGCCACUAAUCACAUAGCAUGCUCUUUGAAAUUCUUUGAUGAUUAUCGAGAAGCUAGAGAUAUUGAAGUGAAUCUACCUAACGGGGAGUGUAUUCCUGUCAAGCAUGUAGGAAAUAUCAGACUUAACAGUGGCAUAUGGUUAAAAGAAGUGUUGCAUAUCCCCCUAUUCAAGUUUAAUAUAGUGUCAGUAAGUAGAUUGCUUCAAGAAGAAUCUCACCGGUUAAUCUUUAUGUCUGAUCAGUGCAUGAUACAGAAGACUCAUGGGCUGACAACUGGUUUAGCUAAACAUGAACAAGGGCUGUACAUGCUGUUGGAGCCACCCAAGAAGAGAGCAAAAAGCUAUGCUGUGCCAUGCAUUACUUCUGAAAUUUAG